GGUCACGUUUCCACCACGACGAUCUUUUCGUACCGGGUCUAUACCUUCUCUCCUCACGACGUUUGCAGUUAUCGUUUAUACACAAUAUGCACGUGCGUGGAUGUAUGAUAAGAUCAUGAAUCCAGAGCGAUGUGCGUAUUGUAAUAUAGUGUAAUACUAAUUGCAUAGUGCAACGUCUACCACCCGUCGGCGGAAUCGUCCCCAAAGUGCUCGUCGCUGUACUUUUGUUCUCUCAGUUCCGUGUCCCGGUCCAUGAGGAGCUUGAUGUAGCUGAUCGCCUUCUCGACGUCGUUGGACUUGCCGACGCAGAUCACGUUCUCGGUCGUGCACCAACUCUCGGUGGAGGGCAUGUAGACCUCGACGUUGUAGUUCCCGCGGAUAUGCUUGAUUUCCGAUCCGCGGGUCCCGAUGACACAGUGGAAGAAUUCCGUUGGGACGUAGACCUCCUGAUGAAUGAGCCCCGGAUGGGUGAUCUCGUGGUGGUGGUACUGGCAGAGGUCUCGGACGACCUGCUUGGCGGCCUUCACGUUGGCGGGGACGUCCCCGGCGAUUCCAACUCGGCAAGAAGGUUCCACGUUUCCGAUCUAGUGUGUCAGGUCGUAGUUGUUACGAAUGGUGUUACGUAGCGGAGGGGCGGAAAACAAUUUUGAGUGUUGCGUUGUGUGGCGUUUCGGUAUCGGUUUGUAUUGUUUGGAGUGACAAACAGCAGAGCAAGCGAAAGAUACGGCACGGAUGAUAUAUGUGUAGAUGAGAAAAAAAAUUGUCGUUCCCAAGCACCGCGGAUUUCGGAAAUGAGAAAAAAGAGGGUGAGGUGACUCGUUCGUCAGAUGGAGUAAAAUUAUAAAGAACGAGCUCUUUAUAGCGACUACCAUACCAUGCUGCAGUAGGACACAAAAAUUGAAACGCAAAAUGCGGUACAACACAACACAAACGCACCUGCAACGUCUUGGGGUUCCACUCAGUCUUCGGGAUCGUGAGCUUCACGUCGAGCGCAGUUUGGAUUGCCUUGAUGGUCUUGCCCCCAGAUCCGACGAUUUCCGAAAGGAAUCUCGGGUGGACAGACACAGAGGAUUCCCCAAAACCCUCGGCCUGUAGCAAGGCUGCGUACCCCCGACUGGCGAGCUCCAGGAUGGCCUUCUUGGCCGUCGCCUGGUCCUCGGCGGUUCCUUCCGAGAUGACGACGGUAGCCUUGGCUUUGGCGCCCCCAACGACGGGGCGGAACUGGCUACCCCCGGUUUCUGGUUUGUCGGGGGCGUUGACGUCGAGCUUGGUGCCGGUCUUUUCCUGGAUGGAGUUCAUGGUCGCCCCCUUGGGCCCGAUGAUGAUACCGACGCGGGAGGCAUCGAUGGUGACGGUGGUCGUCAGAGCGGGUGCCGCCACGGCCUCCUCGGGGGUAGGAGCGGCUUGCUUCUUGGGCCUCUUCUUUCGGGUCUUUUUGGGGAUGGUUUCCCAUUCUUCCUCGACAACGAUGCGGGGCUGGAGCGGAACGACGGCGGGAGCAGCGGGAGUAGGCGUUGGAGCGGGGGCAGGAGCCGGAGCGGGUGCCUUGUUGGCUCCGUUAGCGGCCUUUUUCUUUUUGUUUUUCUUCUUCUUUCCGGCGGCCGGAGCAGGGGCAGGUGCCGGUUCGGAGACUGGUGUGGGUUCCGGAGCGGGCUUCGGUGCGGGAGCCGGUGCGGGAGCCGGUGCGGGUUUUGGCGCAGGGGCUGGUGCGGGGGGCGGUGCCUCGGCCUUCUUCGGGGCGGCGGCCUUCUUUUUGUUCUUUUUGCGGUUCUUCUUCUUGGGAGCAGCGGACUUGGCGCCGUUGCUGGUGCUGGCGGCAGCGGGGGGAUCGACGGUGGCGCUCGCCUUGUCGCUGCUGCUAAACCCACCCAGCAAAAAGUAGGUGAUUGCGACACCUACGGCGACUGCGGCGAUAUGCGUUGUGAAAUCCGACAUGCUGCUUUCGAUUCCGAUACCAACGGACACACUGACAAACUUUACUGUGCUUUGCUGCGUUUACGUUGCGAACUCUUUUGUCGGCAACCACUACACCAAAAUGCCUGCUUUUGGUGAUUAUUUGUUAAGAUUUGUGUGGGAAAGGUACGAGUACUGUAGGGAAAGAUGGGUCGGUCAUUUCAUUGCGAUACAAAAUACCUGAGAACACGAAGAUUGUUUUCGUCACAAUCCGAUAACAUGUUUCGUACAGUGAUACGAGUACUGUACUCUAACCCUUGCUUACCGUACGAUACGGUACCUGUGGUACAGCAAUCCUACACAAGUACAAUCCAGUACAUUUCUCUACGAUGACUUCGGUACAUGCACAGCCGUUGAUCCUGUUCGUGACCCGAAAGCGCCAUGGCAUCGGAUCCACAAGAGUGAAAAGAUCGGAGUUGAGAUUCCCGUACGUACCUCGGCAGGUUUUACUAUUGGAAAAAAUGUUUACGCGACAAAAAUCGAAACGAUUUCAUCAGUCGAGUGUGAACCAAUGAGAACAAAGAAUGAAGUACAUACGAAAAUUUAUUUCAGUUCCAUACUAUACCCGCGCCAACAUGGCGAACAGUUCAGGAGGACGAGUACGAAUUAUCCCAUUAUUUGUACAAUUACGAAGUCAUACGCAUUUUACGUCGUACCGUGGAGUGACUGCUCCUUUCACUCCUUUCACAUGUCUGGAAGUCACACGUCAAACAAAAUUUGACGGGUGAGGGAUGGACGUACCGUACCCAAGACGGCGGGGCAGGGCAAUCAUUCUUACAAGUAACGGCAUGAGGCUAGGGUAGGCGGAUGGACGUUUUGGCUUCUUUUUGAAGGUUCAUUCAUUUCAGGAUGGAUGAUGACGAGGACGGAUAUUCAGCAAGUCCUACUACUAUUAGUACCAGCAGGUAUUAAACCAUAGUAGUACCAUAGUAGCUUUUAGUCUUAGAUAGUACUAGUAAUACCCCAACCUGCAACGAGAAGGACUUCAGCCACCACUCGCACUCAGCAUGCUUACUACUGUACUGGUGACCAUGACGGAGGACAAGAAGUAGAACGAAGAUGUCAGUAUCACUAGUAGUAGAAAAAUUGUAAUAGUACUAGUACUAGUAGGAUCGAAGGAAGGAAGGGACGAGGACACAGUGCGAUGGAACAAGAAUCAUAUAAGGUAGGCGACGUCAUUGAAUUGUUACUAUUUCAUUCCAUGCUAUAAUAAUAUAAUGCUAAGAGUACAAAAGAUAUGGAAAAGUUACAGAAUUGGCUGUCCUUCCUGCCGCAUUCAACGCGAUCGCACUGCUCAACCCUAUUGGUUGGUAACAGUAUGUUGCUUCUUGUUUCGCCUUGCCGGACCUUGUGAUGGAAAUAAACAGCCUUGCUAUUCGCUUUACACACGUGCGAUUUGUAUUGCAGUGCCUUUACCGGCUUCGACAACACUCCUUUGCUCGAUACUGCUGUUACGAGUAUGGGGUGCCGCACAGACGUUCGUAGAUGUAGAUAGAGAUGAAGAGUUACCAUGAGAUUUUGGUGUGUUUGUAGUUCCACGCUGGCUCAUAUUCGCAUGAGUGUCGAACAUGGUCAUAGGCAUGCUGCGCAUGCAGUGCGCGUUUGCAUUCUUGAAGUGUUCCGCUUGUUCCGAAGUCAUGGAGUUGGCCAUGUAUUGAACGCAAAAGGAGCGCUCGAUUCCGGUGCUGGGAUCUCUCAGGAUAACUUCCAUUCCGGGUUGAAGCAUGCGUGGAGGUUUCUGUUCGUAAUGAGGCAAAAAAGCUGGCGCAACUGCUCCGGGCGGAGGAAAGAAAACCGGAGCUCCCAUAGGAUUAGGAGCUUGACUGUAAGCAGGUUGAGCAUGGAAGUGUUGCCGCUGGGGCGGUGGCAAUCCAUAGUGCGGAGCGUAUUGAGAAUGACAUUGCACUUCGUGCGGAUAGGCCUGAGGAUGAGAAUGAGAAUGAGAAUGUGAAUGCAUGCUAUGCUGCUGUUGGUGCUGGUGACGACGAUGCUGGUCGUGGAAGGGUAGUGCCGGUGGAGGCUUCGACGAAACAGAUUGCCCGCACUGCGUGUUUGUGUUUGCAUUGGAAUUUGCCGUUUGAAGAAAGGACUGCAAUCCAUUGGUGGGCGGCAUGGUGACAACGCGAGCGACUGCAGGAGGACUGGGAGCAGCUGAAGGAACACUGAUGCGCUUGGUCAUGGGAUGAAUCAUUGUUGGAGGAGGAACAUCAACUUUUGUAUUGUUUCUGAUAAUGUCCUUGGUAUCGCUUCCAGGUCUAUCCAGAGACAAAGCUUCUAGAUGCUCCCUGGUGUUGGGAGAUUGCUCUUGAUGAUGAUGCAAUGAUGAUUGGGAUCGUGGGGUAACAUGGGCGGUCACGGCGUCACUGGUGUUCGUGAUUGCAGCGGGUUCCGUAGCAGCACGAGAGUGUGAUGGAGUCUGCUCUCUUUCUCGAACCCGAAUGUGGUGGUCUUCUUCAUCGUAGUCGUCUUCGCUGCCAGACCACGACGAGCAACUCGCGCAGGAGGAAGCUGCGGGAGAGGAACUAUUCUUGUCCCGAAAACUGUAUUCUUCCCGUUGUGACAGUGCAGAUACAGUUAAAGGAUGUUCGUGGAUCUGAUGCUGCGCAUUGUCAAUAGUACCGGAACUAGGACCUUUAUGACUA